GGCAGACGACCAAGCGGAGCGUUCACUGAAAACAAGUUGGCAUUGAAGAGAAACUCAAACUGACAGUAACUGAGAGUAAGCCCUGAGAAGUAUCUCACCUAAAAGCUUCAUGCUCAUACUCUCUGCUGACUCAAAGCGGGUGACUUUCUGGUGACUCGACUCGAGAAGAGUUAUCUGCGCAUCUUCCACGUCUUCACCCUCACCAACCUCUAUUUCCUCGUCAACAAGAUGUCAACAACAGAGAAAGUUGAGACCAAAUCAAAAAGUGAUAAAAUGCUCCCUGCACAGGAGGCGGCCAAAAUCUAUCACACCAACUACGUCAGGAACGCGCGAGCCGUCGGUGUCCUGUGGGCGAUAUUCACCAUCUGCUUUUCUAUCAUAGAAAUGGUGGUGUUCAUCCAACCGUACUGGAUCGGGGACAGCGUCAACACCCCGCAGGCCGGAUACUUCGGCCUGUUUCACUACUGUAUCGGCAACGCGCUGACCUCGGAGCUCAUCUGUAAAGGAAGUGCCUUGGACUUUGCUUCCAUCCCGUCCCCAGCCUUUAGGACAGCCCUCUUCUUCGUGGGUACAUCCAUGCUGCUGAUAGUGGGCUGUAUGGUCUGUUUCACACUGUUCUGGUUUUGCAACACCGGGAGCGUCUACAAGAUCUGUGGGUGGAUGCAGUUUGCAUCAGCCAUCCUGAUGGUGAUGGGCUGUAUGAUCUACCCUGACGGCUGGGACGCCCCAGAGGUGAAGAGAAUGUGUGGCGAGAGGACAGACAAGUACACCCUGGGGAACUGUACAGUGAGGUGGGCCUACAUCCUGGCCAUGAUCUGUGUCUUGGACUCUCUCAUCCUUGCUUUCCUGGCCUUUACACUGGGUAACAGACAGGACAAACUGCUGCCGGAUGACUUCGAAGUGGAGGGGCAAGAAAAGCAAUAAGGCGCUGGAGUAUGAAGAAAUGGAAGAACAAUGCAUCAUUCUGGUACUCAUGACUAUCAGGCCAGGGAUACGGCAAGGCCUCCACGACUCGUGUGCCCUUUCCUACAAAAACAUGUUUUUUGGCUCAUUAUGUUAGAGGGCAGCUCUUUAGACUGUCCUGUCCCCAAUGGCACCCUGUUUUGGCUCAUUAUGUUAGAGGGCAGUUCUUUAGACUGUCCUGUCCCCAAUGGCACCCUGUUUUGUCUCAUUAUGUUAGAGGGCAGUUCUUUAGACUGUCCUGUCCCCAAUGGCACCCUGUUUUGGCUCAUUAUGUUAGAGGGCAGUUCUUUAGACUGUCCUGUCCCCAAUGGCACCCUGUUUUGUCUCAUUAUGUUAGAGGGCAGUUCUUUAGACUGUCCUGUCCCCAAUGGCACCCUGUUUUGGCUCAUUAUGUUAGAGGGCAGUUCUUUAGACUGUCCUGUCCCCAAUGGCACCCUGUUUUGGCUCAUUAUGUUAGAGGGCAGUUCUUUAGACUGUCCUGUCCCCAAUGGCACCCUGUUUUGGCUCAUUAUGU